GCGAAUUCAUGUGACCACAAUGCAAAACUCAAUUCGUCGAUUUGCAGUUGGUCUCUAACAAAUACAGUCGGGUCUGCACAGCUGUGACGUAAAAGCUCAAAGCGUUUGUUGCUUGCAGCUUCGUGAAUAGCGAGAUGAGCAGGCAUCGUGCGGGCGCCUCGGCUCCAAUCGAUUUAUCGUCAUCAGACGAAGAAGAUGCCUUUUCGGCUUUGAAUACGAAACACAAGAUCCCACCUGGAAUUUCGACAAGGAAGGCUGACACCUCGCAAUCGCAAGCCACCGCUAAAUUACCCGCUUCUGUAACCUCUUCCAUGAAGCGACACCACGUCGAACUAAGCGAUUCACGAAAACGAAAAAUGGACGCCUUGCUUUCCGAGUUGGAAUACGAAAAGAACAACAUAUCCAUCAAACCGCAUCGCUUUGUCCCAGAGAAAAAGGGAUCAUUCGUCGAGCCUGGUGAAGAGCUUUUGACGACGAAUAUAUUCGUAGGAAACUUAUCGCCUACCUUGACGGAAGAACAGGUUGCGGAGGUUUUUCGGCAAUUCGGUGCGCUAUACUCGGUCAAGAUUAUGUGGCCGCGAACGCCGGAAGAAAAGAUGCGGAACCGGCACACGGGGUUUGUGUGCUUUAUGAAUCGCCGAGAUGCCGAAGACGCUAUGGACGCCUGCAGCGAAGCGGACCCGUUCAACGUGGGACGCCCGCUGAUGAUGAGAUGGGGCAAGAACGUAAAACGAACUGGUCAGCGGCCUCCGUUGGAAUCUGAUCUAGCUUACAGGAAGAAGGUGCCCAAUAUUGCUGAUACACCCGCGAGGCAAGUCAAUAAUGAUAACCACAUCGAUCGUGAUACUAUUGUUCAUGAAUCGAACAUAAUUCGUGUGAUUGCACCUUCCGAUCGGCAACGAGCACAAUUUAUAUCCACCGUGGCUUCGUUUGUGUCUAAAGACGGGCUCGCUUUUGAAAAGAAUCUUAUUGAUCGAGAGAGAAACAAUGUACAGUUCAAUUUCUUGAGGUGGCAAAGUAACGGAGAUACGAUCGAAAAGGAUGAACACAUAUUUUACCGCUGGCGAGUGUAUUCCUUUUGUCAAGGAGAUGGCUUCUACAGCUGGAAGACGAUUCCGUUUCGUGUGUAUGAACCAGGCGGUUGUCACUGGAUUCCUCCUGUGAUUGACCCCGAUGCUGCACGGUUCGAGAUGGAGCACGAAAGAGAAAAAGAAGAGGCCAUCGAACGCCAAAAAAAUCAGCGUCGCGUUCAACACGGUCGACGCGGCUUUUCUACUGGACGCCAGCUUGAGCAAGCUCGCCGUGGUGGAUCCGAUGGUGGCGCUGUCAUGGCGCCUGAGGAAAUGAUUGACUUCAACAGAUUGUGCCGCGAUAAUCUUUGCGCAUCUAGGGAGGCUAUUUGCUCGGCCAUGGCCUUUUGCUUCGAGAAGAGUGUGGCUGCGAAGCAGAUUUCUAUACUGUUGAAAGACCUGUUGCUCGACAAGGGAAAUGCCGUUAGCGUUGAGACCAGAAUUGCCCGUAUGUACCUUAUGUCGGACAUCUUGUUCAACUCACAACAACCAGGUGUACGGAAUGCAUUUUUGUAUCGAGAUGCCGUCGAGCGCAUGGCAUCAGAAGUCUUUACUUUCUUGGGCGACUACGGUAAUACGAUCGGUCGGUUUUCGCGUACUAAACUUGCAUCAGCCGUGAAGGCGGUGCUUGGGGCGUGGACCAACUGGGGUGUGUACAAUCCUACUUUUAUUGAUGAGCUCGAUGACCGAUUUGAAGGGAAAGAACUUGUCCCGGAAAGCGAAUACGGAGCCAACCCUAUUGCAAACGAGGACGACGAUAAGAUCGAGGAGGUACAAAUGGAGACAACGCCGGCUGUUAGGUUGAAUCCUCAGGGCGACUGGGUAACAGUGAUGGAGGGAGAAAAUGAUGAGACGCAGGGACAGUCGUCUCGGUUGACGAAGCAGGACAAGGGAGAGUGUAGCGACCACACUGCAUCCGACGACAGCGAUGCUGAUGGUGUAACAUUGGAGGAAUGUGACAACGUCGAUGGCGAACCUGUUGGAGAUAUUCUGCCGCUCAAAAGUGAUGCCGACAACAACGAAGAUGGUGAACCCCUUGGCGAAACCUUUGACCAUACUGACGGUGCUCCUUUGGAGGGGAGCGACCUAGAUGGUAGUCCUUUAGAAGAUGAAGUCUCGCAUGAUGUUGCUCUCGAGAGCGAACUAGAUGGCGAGCCCUUGUAACGAAUAUAGGGUUAUUGAAGUGCAUUUUGAGGGACUGCAUGUAGACGAGUGAGAAAGCUAUUGA